AUGGCAAACUCCCAGUCCAGCCUGCUCUCCACGGCGUCUUCAUCUGUCAUCGACUUCAUCGCCGCCCCACCCCUUGAGAUGUCCGCCCUCAUCUUCUCGCAUCUUGACAACUGCGACCUCAAAGCCCUGCAGUUGACCUAUCCUAGACUGCGGCACUUGGACGAAGACUUGUAUGAUUCUGAUGAUUCCGAUGAUGAAGACGGCCGGCCAGAGAAGCCCCCGCGUGGCGUUACUUUCUGGUACUUCAGACACUGCAAAGACAACAUCGAGUACUUGGAGAUUAGACAGGAUUAUGAUGCUGAGACUCUACACCAGCAUCUCGAGACUGCGAAACAGCUCGAGUUCCAACUCCCUCUCGAUAUCGCCUACACACACUAUCAGGGGCUACUCGCAGAACAGAACAAAGUGCUUUCUACGUCGGCCGAUAUAGCCGCGUUCGAAUGGGCUUUGGAGGACGAUAGGUUCCCGAGCCUAAGAAGAAUCACCUUGACACCCGCAGCGCAUGGCAUUCUCUUUCAUCCGCUAUACCCGACACCUGAUAUUCGCGCUCUACCCUACGGCUUCAACUACCCGCUUCCUCGUGGCUGGCCAGUCCCUCCUAAGGACGGAGAUAAAGCGAUGUAUGGGGACUGGAAGAGCGAGGAUUACAAAGAAUGCUGGCGAGGAUUCCGCCAUGUCGCCAGAAUCCUUGCUCGGCAGAAAAGCACAAAGAUCGAGGAGCUCAUGAUUGACGGCAAUCAACUCUGGUCUGGGUUUGCCUGCAGCAUUUUUUACGCGCCAGAGCCGUGCGUCGAGUAUGACAACCUCAUCGCCGCGAUCAAGAAGCCAGGCUUCACAACUCUCAGGCUGAGCCUCAUCAGGCGGACUUGCGACACUUUUCUCUCAAAACUGGCGAGGACGACGAUCUCGAAAACGGGAACUUAUCCUUCGCACUGGGUGAGAGAUCACUUUAUCCCUCUGCGAUCCGUCGUCCCCGUCGAAACAUGGAAGAAUUUGGCGCAUUUCGGGCUGACGCGCUGGCUUGUGAGGCAGUCGGAUCUGCUCGACUUCCUCGCUGCGCUCUCGCAAACUCUACGCUCUGUAGAACUAAGCUUUUUCUCGUUUAUGAAAGGCCACGGUAACUAUAGGGAGCUGCUUUUUGCGAUACGUGAUACGCUGGGAUGGCAGGAGCGAACAGCCAGUACGAGACCUCAUCUGCUCAUCCGAGACUUUCCCGGUGUCCCGUUGGCUGGGCGGGCUGUUUGGGUGGAGGACGCGCCGCAGAGAUUCUUGUACGAGGAUGGCGAGAACCCGUAUCCGAUACCUCCAAGGAAUGCCGUGGUAACGGGGCAAACCAUCACUUGGAAACCCGGAAGUUUGACAGUUGGCCAUGGUUUCGGAACGGAGAUUGACGCAUUGGAACCGCGAUUUGAACGACCUUACGAGUCGGCGGAUAAGCUCAUUGAGAUGGGGAUCUCCAGGGAUUGGAAGGGGGCUUUUUAGAUUCCAUAUAUCAGGCUUUAUGCUUCUAGCAAGCCAUCCUGGCGAGACCGGAAGGGGUGAACAUGAAAUGGUUAUAGGAAUUGAAGGGGAUGGGUGCGAGCUCGCGGGGAAGAUGGCUGAAAGCUGCCUCGUACUUGGUGAAAUGGAAUUUUCUUCUGAAGCUUGUUGAAGGGGACAAGCCAGAUGGACGCGUAAGUGAAGGGGAGAUAAUUGUAUCGAAGACAAGAGUUUCGAGACUCUGUACCCACUGCCGGCGUACGCAAGAGAAAUGGCGCAUUUCCAUCACUGAGGCUAUAGAGAGGGAG